GAAGCUCAGGCACUUGCAGCACCAGCCGCAACGUCAUGUGCACGGGCCACCCGGUCAACCCACAUGCACUUCCAUGGAUACCGAUACCACAAGUAAAUAUCCUUCCGAGCCUUCGACCUGGCCAAUCUCUACGGAUGCGAGAAUACAAACACGCACACGAUAUAUUUGAGGCUUGCCAGGCUAGGCGUACGUGUCGCUCACGAUCCUGUACUGUUCUUCUGCCUCGUUUUGCGCGCGACCUAGGCAGCAGCUUGAGCCACACCGUCCUAGAGUUAUGAAGUAUAGUAGCGAACAUCAUCAUCAUCAUCAUCAUCAUCAUCGGCAAGCUUGACAGUACGGUGUUCAAGACAUAACGAUCCGCUAAUUUGAUACAUCUAUACACUUAUACCAUGGCCGGCAACAUCUCGGCACUCCAAGCGCUCCCCAUUGACGCGUCUGGAACAAGUAUCCGGUUGCUCAAAGUGGAACCCAAGUCACGGGACAGAUUUCAAAGCCAAAGCAAGGAACUGCUGUCGUUAUCCACCGAAGUCUUUGGUCUUGAUGAUCGCGCACGAUACCAUGCCUAUCGCGCCUUAUCAUAUACAUGGGGCCCCCCGGAGCCUACAAAGGCCAUCGCGCUCAACGGAAUAGUGAUUCGGAUUCGCAAAAACUUGUUCGACUUCUUGGACAUGUAUGCCCACGAGCAGCCAGACGAAUGCAAGUAUCUUUGGAUCGACCAGCUGUGUAUCGACCAAAAUAAUACACAGGAACGAAACCAUCAGGUCGGAAUCAUGCAUCGAAUCUAUGCGGAGGCAUAUGAGGUCGUGGCCUGGCUUGGCCUGGACGAAGAUGGCAGCGAGCGCGUUAUGAAAUGCCUUUCUGGCUUUUCGGACGUUGCGUUCUUGGGAGACAGCAGACUGCGGGGUGUUAUGAAGGAUGAUAAGAGAAAGAUGCUUCUGGAAAACUUCGAAGCUGUGAAAGCCUUGCUUGGAAGGGACUACUGGGGUCGACUUUGGAUCAUCCAAGAGGUGUUACUUGCUGUGCGCCUGAAGGUCUAUUGCGGCCGACUGCAUUGCGAUGGGGCCGAUUUUGAGAGUCUUCUCGGACUUAUGAUGAUCGCAAAUGACAGAAUUCCUCGAGGAACACAAACCAACAUAUUCGGCGAGGAAAUGUGGCAAUCGAAUCCUAUCACUUAUCGCAACUCCUUGCUCGCAAACAUGGAUAUUUCAGAGGCACUUUUGCGGUUCAGCGAAGCGUCUUGUGUAGAUCCGAGGGACAAGAUCUUCGGACUGGGCGCAAUAAUUAGUUCAUCUCAUGAUCUAACCAUCGACUAUGGCAUGAGUUGUGAAGAAGUCUACAUGGAUACUUGUUGCAAACUGUACGAGACCGAUCGUCGUGAAGUAGCGUAUGAGGCUCUCCGAUGCUUGAGCGUUCAGGCGAAGCUGCACGUUAGCCUUGAGCUGGCGUCGGACAUUGAGCAAUUGGUGCGCUUGAAGAAAUGGCCGGAGAAUUCGUCAAGGCAUCUUGAGAUAUUCAGAAAGUACCUGCAGAGGUAUUCGGCGGUAGAUGCAGCACCGAGCGUUAGUGCAUCAUGACAACGGAAUCCUUAGGAAAAGUAGACUGGCUUUACAAACUAGAUUGCUUCAGGUACGCCCUGCGGGUAAAUCUAUCUCUCUUUGAGGCAAUUUUCCGGCUCAGAAAAGGCAUAAAUCAUAUAUUUCAUGCAGAUAUUGUG